CGUUAACAAAUAUUAUACGUUUACGUGCAUAAUUAAUUAAAAGUUUCUUCCCGUAUAAUAAUACGAUAAGAAUGAUCCACGUAUCAACUCUAAAUUGUCAGAGAAUACGCGACAAAAGUUAUCUGAUUUUGAUGUUUUAUUAAAAUACGCGAUAGAGAAUCAAAGUUUUUAUUCUCGCUCCGCUUACGGGAUCGUACGCAUGUUUACGACCUAUCUGUGACCUUACUACGCAACUCGCGCACAUGCUCAGCUGUCGGCUGCCGUGAGGUCGCGCCGAUCGGGUCAGGUGGGUGGUAGGAAUAGUGGGGAGAGGGGAAAAGCGUCGCGCGUCGGUCGAGUCACGUGGUAACUGGGAAUGGGAGAGAGAGUAGGAGUGGGGGGAUCGUGCGUUGGCCGAGUCAGUAGUGGGAGUAGUGGGGGGAUCGUGCGCCGAUAUCGCUCUAUGUUGUUCGCAUCGUGUUGUUUUUUUUACGGUCGAAGAUAUUUGGCGUGUUGUCGAACCGAGCUACACACAACACAAUCGCAAUCCACUAUGGAAUGUUAUUGUUGGCGCGUUUGCUUCCGAUUAAAUAAUGCGUAUCUCGAUUUUUCAUUACCGUCGUCAACGUCUUACGAUCGACGUCACAAUCAGCAUAAAUAGUGCGAAGUUGCCGCCGCGUCUUUUAACGAAACGCUUCUCGCGUGAAGCUGCCCGAGUGAUCGGAUGACGAGUGAUGGUCACGUUAUUUCGUUCAAAUCGUGCAUCGUGCGUGUCGAAAGUGGAAUCGAGUAUUCGCUUGAAAGUGCGAAUCGGUCGACGCAAUCGCACGAUUAAUACGCAUUCUCGAUAUUUGUGAACGGUUUAAUGUAACGGGCGGUCAUUUAUCGGCGCGUAAUCAACGCUGCGAUUGCAAUUGAGUGCGUUUUUUUUGCAAUCGACCGAGGAAUGGAGGAGCCAACGGAUGAGAAAACGACGGCGUCGACGAAAAGGCGGGAGGAUUGCUACUCGAAGUCAAAUUAAUAUCGUGGAAGCGUGGCGUCGACGCUAUAAAGGAUAUCGACCAAGUGCAGGAGAGGAAGUCUUGCGAAGCGUGCGUGAGAGAAAAAGGAAGCUGCGAGCACGAUGGGCGAGAGACGCGGUACGAAGGCCUUGGAGCUUUGGUGCCGGCGUAUAACCGACGGUUAUCCGGGUGUAAACGUGCAAAACAUGACCACCUCCUGGAGAGACGGGUUAGCCUUCUGCGCCAUGAUUCAUCACUUUCGGCCAGAUCUCAUUGAUUUCGACGGCCUGAAUAAGGACGAUGUGUACAGAAACAACGAGUUGGCCUUUAGAACGGCCGAGCAACAUCUCGGGAUUCCUGCUCUUUUGGAUGCCGAGGAUAUGGCGUCUUGCACGGUUCCCGAUCGAUUGUCGAUUCUCACCUACCUCUCGCAAUUUUACCAAACCUUUGGAGGAUCUUCGCCCAGUCGUCUGGCAACGAACAGAACAACCGAGACCGCCGAUGAGAGGAUCGCCCCUGUUCCGGAAUCUCCUAAACAAAAGGUGGGGUCGCGUCUGGGGAUGCGGAGGGAUCCGUGCGCCGCGUGCGGGCUGCCGGUCUUCCUGGCGGAGAAGCUGCUGAUAGCGCGCGCUCCUUAUCACCGUACCUGCUUCCGGUGUGCACGCUGCGGCAACCAACUAACGCCGGGCAACUACUACGAGACCGAGGAAGGCCAGUAUUGCUGCGAAACGUGUCCGGACGAGGAGGUACUGCUGCCCGCCAGCGUGCGUUGCAAAUACGCUGAAUCGACGAUGAUGCCGAGCGCGGAACAGGAGAGGAGUAGUGAACCGUCAAGGCCGCUUAGCGACGAAGAAAAAACAGAGAUGAAGGAUGUACAGAAUCUACUGGAAAAGGCUAUGGUGCCCGAUCUGAUCUCCCACACAUCGCAGAUGCGCAAGAGUUUCAUGGCCGACCACCUUCUCUCUGAGAUCGACGAGUCCACUGCGAGAGACACGAAUACAAAGGAUGUCGAGGUCGAUGCGGAUUAUGGCGAAGAGGGGAAGAGCAGGAUCGGCUCGGCAUUCCCAGACGACGACGAGAAUGAGGAGGAAGAGGAUGAGGAAGAAGAGGAGGAGGAGGGAAAAUCUCGUAGCUCCGCGACGGAUUCCCCAGAUGCGGCGGAGUCCAGCGUUGAGCGAUACAAUGUACAUAGCGCGUUAAAUAGCUUAAACAUUAGGAGCGACGAGGAUCAACGAUCGACUGCCAUUUCAUUCCAUGACGUAGACAAGGAGAAAAAAGAUAAAGAUACCAAAGAGUCGCCAGGUCGUGCCAAUGAACGAGCCAAUCCCGAAACAAAACUAUCCUUGGUACAGAAGAGACUCCAAAUGUUUGAGGCUCGGGACAAAAUAGAUUGUACUAAAAGAAAGAUGGAUCAAGGCAAGGUGAAAAGUUCAGUGACUCAGGAUAAUUCCUGGGAUCUGGAACCGGACGUUCUUCGAGUUAAUCCGAAAGAACGUUCGGAAAAGAGCCUCGAGGAAAUCUCGAUGAUUAAAAGUACCAAUCAACGUAAAGAUAGUUUUGAGUAUAUCGGCAAACAACGAAAGGAUGAAGAUUCGAUAAUUACAAAUAUCGAGAAACGCAAAGAAAGUUUCUCAGAAGAUGUUUCGCGAGCGAAUAGUGAAGGACAACAUAUUACUAAUAACACGCGACUCGAAGAAAGCACAAAAGUUGAGAAUAUCGAGAGAAGAAAGGAGAGUCUCGCAGAGAUAGAACCAAGAAAGGAUAAUGAUGUAGAAAAAUUUUAUGAGAAUGUGGGAAGCAGCGUGCUAACCGCGAGAGGAAUCGACUUAAGCAACCAUAAAGAUUAUCCGGAAGACUUGAAUCCCUUCAAGAGCGACGAAGAGGAUAGCAUCACGGAAAGCAAAAUGGGGAUCACAAUAGAUAACUCUAGAAAUAGCAAAGUAUCAACUAAUCCGUUCGAUAGCGAAGACGAGGAGGACGUCGAGGAACUUGAACCACCAAAACCAGCAGCUAGGAGUAAAUUAGAAAAUCGGGGAAUCAUAAUGGGAGCGCCCGUAACCAAGCGGGUUUUGGCUGCGCCACAAAUCAAUCUCAAUCCAUUCUGGAGUGACGAGGAAGAGGAGCACGAUAGCGAUAAGGAGGGACGAGGUACAGGGCCGCAAGGAAACAUGCCUAUACCGAAACCGCGAACUAUCAAGACCACUUCUGAAAUAAACGUCGCAUCGCGGAAAACCGAUUUGAAUCGUGGAAGCAUGUACGCAUCUAAUAGUUCUUUGACUAGCUCGGAGUCGACCACAACUCCCAGCGGAACAUACAGGAAGAAGAAACCCGCCCCGCAGCCGCCGGCCGCGAAGGAAUUGUUUUCGUCCGAUCAGCGCGAAUCGCCCGUGCUCAAGUCUACUCACAAUACACUACCUUCGUAUCACACUCUCUCAUUAUCACCUCGCACAACGCCGCGAGCUCGGAAAUCCAAGCCGGCACCUCCACCGCCAAUGCCGACCAGCACACCCCGUAACGUAUCGAUCGGUAGCGCGCUAAGUUUCGAGGAAUCUCCCAUAAUCAAGCCUCGCGAUUACGAUCACAGCCUAAACAUGUGGGAAGAUCAGAAAACGAACAAAGACGAGGCAAAUCGAAAUAGGCAAAGCUUGAGUGGCAUCUCGUGCAAUGACAGUUCCUCCUACAUGUCUUAUAGUGAUAAAAGCGUCCAAGGAAAAUGGAAGAGGAAAAAGGGUCCUGCGCCACCGCGACCAAUUCCGCACAGGAGAAAGAUCAAAGUGAUAUCUAUGAAAGAUGUGAAAUUAGAAUUAGACGAAAUAGAAUUGCAACAGCAAGGUUUAGAGAAACAAGGCGUACGAUUGGAACAAUUAAUACGAGAUAAAUGCGAAUCCGGACCUAGAACAGAAGAGUCAUCGCUUGGCAUGGAUGUGGAGGAAUUGGUUUUGGAGUUAUUCGCAUUAGUGAAUGAAAAGAACGAAUUGUUUCGAAGACAGGCUGAAUUAAUGCUACUAAGGAGGCAGCAAAGAUUAGAGGAGGAACAUGCUGAAGUGGAAUAUCAAAUACGAUGUCUCAUGUGCCAACCAGAAGCUACUAAAACGGACUUUGACAAACAGAGAGAAGAAGCAUUGAUACAAAGAUUAGUAGAAAUUGUAGAGAGACGGAACGAAAUUGUCGAAUGCUUGGAAAUGGAUCGUCGAAGAGAGGUGGAGGAAGAUAAAAGCAUAAAUAAACAUAUGGGGUUAUUUGCUGCGAGAAACAAGAAUGAGCUAUCGGACAAAAAUAACGAUUCUUUCAACGCGGGAAAAACAAAGAAAGGAAAAGCAAAAGAGAAAUUAAGAAAAUUGAAAAAGGUCGUAAAAAAGGAUGCCGAUAAAGAUGUGGAUGAGACUGAGGUAAAACUCAAACGCCAUAAUAAGCGAAAAUGGUUUUGAGUCAUGUGACAGCGUUAACAGUUAAAAGUUAUAUAAAUAGAUACAUACAAAAUAUAUUUCAUAUUUAAUACUUUUAUACAUAUUUUUAACACUUUGUUAUUUAUAUAUGUAGGAAGUUAGCUAAGGUUAUUAAUAAAUUCACCCGUUUAAUA